AUGGAAUGUAGUGAACGACUUCGUACUGGCGAAUAUGUAAAUGGAGGCAAUAGUGAUUGUAGUUGCUUUAUGAAAGUCUCUAAUCCACUAGGUUCUAAAGGAAAUGCACUUCAACCGUACGUAAGUAUUGCCGCAAAUGAUAUAUCAUAUGAAAGUAAAGUUUUUGUUCAUCAAUUGAAUGGUAUUGUACUAGCAAAUGGUAAAAUUCAUAAUGGAUGUGUAAGAGUUGAUGAUGUCAGUUGGAGUUUUGGUGGAAAUCAUAUCGAUUUUUAUGUUCUUCGAAAAUCAAACUAUGAAAUACUUUCACCUCGUGUUGAUGGUCAAGUUGAUAUUACACUUAAUUCUAAUUGUGUUAUUAAAAGUUAUUAA